CGCAUAUGUCAAAUGGACAGUUUUUUUUCUAUUUAGAACUGUCCAGAACUGACAAGGAAUAUGUCCACAGGUUCUGCCGGGUUAAUACUUUUGGUCAGUCAGAAACAGUCCAGGAGAUGUAUGUUGCAUUAAGAUUCACAACCUGAAUAAUAUCACAAUGUUACCAGGUGCAUGAUGCAUCAGCAGAGGAGGAAGAAAAGAUGAGGCACAGGUCCAGUUCUGCUAGUUUGGCCUGAUCAAAAACGUGAUAAGAGAAAGGAUGUUACAUAUGUUGCUAAGCAAAUAUGGAGAGAAAACCUAGUGUCUGCAGAAAAAGUGGCAGUUGGAAUUGCCUACUUGUGCUCUUUCUAUUGCUACUGUUCACAGUGGUUUCAGUUAACUUCCUUCUGUAUAUGUAUAUUGACCAAAUGUAUGCACCAUCUCGAUUCAGCCAUUCUGAAGUGAACCUGUGUCCUUAUGGACACUUUAAGAUAGCAACAAUAAAAAACUGCUCUCCGUGGCUGACUUGUGAGACCAUUAAAAAAGAAGUCAGAAAGCUAAAACUUGUUGGUGAAGGAGCAGUUAAAAAGGUAUUUUUGUCUGAGUGGAAAGGCUUGAAAGUUGCACUUUCAGAAUUAAAAUCGCUAGAUCUGCAGGAUGAUUUCCUCCACGGAUUAAGGAUGCUGCAAUCAAUGCAAAGCAGAUAUGUUGUGGUUCUUGUUGGAUAUUGUAAAGAGACAUUUAGCAUACUGACUGAAUAUCACCCCCUUGGCUCUCUGAAAGACUUGGAUGAAACAUUUAGCUUUCCUAAAUACCAAGGCUUCAACACAUGGCAAAAUCGCCUUAAACUUGCAAUCGAGUAUGUGAGCAUCAUUAAUUAUCUUCACAAUAGUCCCCAUGGCACCUUGAUCAUGUGUGAUUCCAAUGAUCUGGACAAGGCACUGUCUCAAUACAUGCUGACAAGUGACUUUCAUGUGGUAGCUAAUGAUCUGGAUGCUUUGCCUGUAGUGGACAAGGAAAAGGGCAUCUUGGUCAAGUGUGGCCAAAGGGAAAUAACUGGACAUUUUGUUGCCCCUGAACAGCUAUGGCCAUAUGGGCCAAAUAUUGAAUUUUCAGAUGACUUAAUGCCUUCAUAUGAUGAGAAAACCGAUAUUUGGAAGAUUCCAGCAGUGAUUGAUCACCUUUUGGGUCAUGUGAAAGGAAGUGACAUUGUUAGGUUCCAUCUGUUUGACAUCCACUCUGAGUGUGGUAAAGCUAACCCAUCUGAAAGGCCUUCUGCUCAAAUGGUAUUAGACACCUACAGAAAAGUCCUGGCUUUGUUGAUGAAAGAGAUGGCAGUGGCAGAAACUCGAGAGAUGUUGUAAAAUAAUAUUUGAACGCACUGAUUUGUUUCAUGUGUUUUCUACAGUUGGAGCACAAAAGAAAUUAUAUACUACUAUACUACAGGGCAUUCUUACAAAUUAGUAUUAACUUUUUCUUUGAUUGACUAAUUCUCCAAUAGACAAGUGUUGCUUUAAACUAAUGCAAUGCUUCUUUUACUGUAUACAAUAGGAAAUAAUUGGGUUUCACCAAUGUUCCAUCUAAUUCUUUCUUUGCUGUGUGUGCAUAUUUUUUACUUGUAUGUGCAUUUUUAAAAACUGUGCUCAGCUCAGAAUAAAUACUAUAUGUUGUGUUUUCACACACAA